AUGAGUGCAAAGCGCAAACGAAUUGUGGUUUCGAUGGAUACACGUUUAAAAGUGCUAAGGCGGAUUGAUAAUGGUGAAUCCGUAGCGAAAAUAUGUGCAGAAUUUAGUGUUGGAAAAAGCACUGUAAAUGACUGGCGAAGAGAUAGGCGUUCCAGUGAGGAGUUUUCCUCGAAAAUGGAAUCUGAUAGAAAUCUGGGUAGCCGUUGUACGAGAAAAAAACCGAUUUACGAGGUCGUCGAUGAAGCUUUGUGGAUCUGGUUUCUUCAGGAACGUCGAAGAGGUACACCGAUUGGCGGCCCAAUUUUGAAAGAAAAAGCUUUGGCUAUCCACCAGAAGAUUAAUGUUGGAGGUGACUUUGUGGCAAGUGAUGGUUGGCUUAAUCGAUGGAAGAAGCGACACGGAAUUCAUUUCGCACAAGCAAGUGGAGAAAAAAUGUCUGCUGAUACUUCUGGUGCGACAGAAUUCAAGACUAAGUUUGGUGAAAUGAUUAAAACAGAGGAAUUAUCUCCAGAACAAGUCUAUAAUAUAGACGAGACCGGGCUAAACAUUAAAAUGUUACCAGAAACAACUUUUCUAGGCAGUCAUGAACAGUCUGCCUCUGGCUUCAAAAAGAACAAAGAACUUAUUACAGUGGCCUUCAAUAUGAAAGUGCUGUUCCUCCUCACUCUCUGCAUUGCCAUGCUUUUCGGCGUCAUGGGCCAGAGCUGCCCAUCCAAUUUCAAAUGGGAUAGUGGCAAUAAACUCUGCUUGGCUGAGCGUCCCAUUCAUGGCGAAUGUCCUGCAGGUUCGCUAUACAACUUGAACUACAACAAAUGUGUUUAUGCAGCUCGCGGUUGA